AAACUUCAAGCAGGUUUCGUUCUAUUUUCCAAAAUAACACAUAGAUUUGAUAAAUAUGAGAGUCAGUUGGCUCUGUCAAGCUCUUAAUAAUAAUAUUUAUAAAGUCAGUUGGUUUUAUUAAACUCUCAAUAAUGAUAAUCUAAUAUAAAUCGGUCCUAAAAUUUUACUAUUAGAAAUUUAUCAUUAAGAGAGAAAGUAUCAAGUUAAAAUAAAAAAUUUUUGUUCAAUUCAAUAAAAAUAAAAUUUCCUUUUUUUCUUUUAAUUCUAUUAGAUUUUUCAAUAUCCUGACUAUAUAUUCCUAAAUGUACAAAUAAAAUAAUAAAUACGCCAUCUGUAAAUGUAAACAAAAUUCUGCACGAGCGCAAUGGCACGACUAUUGGCAAAACUGACAAGCUGAAUAUAAAUCUGGCGACGAUAGAACAGUCGAUAGAAACUAUCGAUGUAAGUUUGGAAGUAUUCAAUCUAGAUGUAAAUAUAAUCUAAACGUAUCGAUGGCUUUCUGUAGUUUUAUGAUACAUUUGUUUGCAGCAGCGUAUGUUUUCACGAUAAAUAAUAAUGAUAAAAAAUAACGAUACCAACAAUGAAACACACAGUGCAGUGCAACGUGCCCUUGCAGCCAUGAAUGUCGAUAGUUCCUAAAACUGUGUUGUCACGUUUUCACCGCUGAUACCUACAGAGUGGAACAUCUAUGUAAUUUAGUUUGAUUUAUGCUCGUGCCGAGUGCUUGGCUCACACUGUCGGUGUAAUCAACUCGUUCAUUUAAGAGAAAAUGUCGAUUCCGCCGUAUUUACUGGGGCCCAACCCGUGGGCGACUAUGAUGGCUCAACAACAGGCUCAUGCACAGUUAGCUGCAGCUCAGGCUCAUGCUCAAGCAGCGGCGCAUGCACAAGCUGCACAUCAUGCUCACAUGCAAGCAAUAGCAGGACCUCCACUGCCACAAAUUCCCAAGCAACCUGAAGUUUUAUCGGAGGAUAAACUUCAAGAAAAGGCUCAAAAAUGGCAACAACUUCAAUCGAAAAGAUUUGCAGAGAAAAGAAAGUUUGGUUUCGUGGAUGCUCAGAAAGAACAUAUGCCUCCGGAACAUAUAAGAAAAAUUAUUAGAGAUCAUGGUGAUAUGAGCAGUCGUAAAUAUAGACACGACAAACGUGUUUAUUUAGGAGCGUUGAAAUAUAUGCCUCACGCAGUCAUGAAACUUUUAGAAAACAUGCCUAUGCCUUGGGAACAAAUACGAGAUGUGAAGGUGCUGUAUCAUAUAACAGGUGCAAUUACGUUUGUAAACGAAAUUCCUUGGGUCAUCGAACCCGUAUAUAUCGCACAAUGGGGUACGAUGUGGAUUAUGAUGCGAAGAGAAAAAAGGGAUCGUAGACAUUUCAAAAGAAUGAGAUUUCCACCAUUCGACGACGAAGAACCUCCGUUAGAUUACGCGGACAAUGUUCUGGAUGUAGAACCAUUGGAAGCUAUUCAAAUUGAAUUGGAUUCGGAAGAAGAUAAAUCUGUGGCAUCGUGGUUUUACGAACAUAAACCACUCGUCGGUACAAAGCACGUGAAUGGAUCCACUUAUCGAAGGUGGAAUUUGACAUUACCGCAGAUGGCGACUUUAUAUCGUCUAGCCAAUCAAUUAUUGACGGAUUUAGUCGAUCAAAACUUUUUUUAUCUGUUUGACCCAAAGUCGUUUUUCACUGCAAAGGCGUUGAACAUGGCUAUACCGGGUGGUCCGAAGUUCGAACCAUUGGUGAAGGAUUCGAAUGCAGCCGAUGAAGAUUGGAACGAGUUUAAUGAUAUUAAUAAAAUUAUCAUUAGGCAGCCGAUAAGGACGGAAUACCGCAUUGCGUUUCCUUAUUUGUACAAUAACAUGCCACAUUUUGUACAUUUAUCGUGGUAUCACGCGCCAAAUGUCGUUUAUAUAAAAACCGAAGAUCCUGAUUUACCUGCAUUUUAUUUUGAUCCAUUGAUCAAUCCCAUCUCUCAUAGAAAUUCCCUUAAGAUCGAAGACGACGAAGAUUUCGUACUUCCGGAGGAAGUGCAACCUUUUCUUCAAGAAACGCCAUUAUAUACAGACAAUACAGCCAACGGGAUAGCUUUGUUAUGGGCACCAAGGCCAUUUAAUACUCGUUCCGGCAGAACGAGAAGAGCCAUUGACAUUCCUUUGGUGAAAUCUUGGUACAGAGAACAUUGCCCACCGGGGCAGCCUGUUAAAGUUCGAGUUAGCUAUCAGAAGUUGUUGAAAUACUUUGUGUUGAACGCGUUGAAACACAGACAUCCUAAACCACAGAAGAAACGUUAUUUAUUCCGGUCGUUCAAAUCCACGAAGUUCUUCCAAACGACUACAAUCGAUUGGGUUGAAGCUGGUCUGCAAGUCUGUAGGCAAGGGUACAACAUGUUAAAUUUACUUAUUCAUAGAAAAAACUUGAAUUAUCUUCACUUGGAUUAUAAUUUUAAUCUGAAACCAGUCAAAACUCUCACGACGAAAGAGAGGAAGAAAUCUAGGUUUGGAAAUGCUUUCCAUUUGUGUCGUGAAAUCCUGCGUUUGACGAAAUUAAUAAUCGAUUCUCACGUACAAUAUCGUUUGAACAACGUUGAUGCAUUUCAACUCGCGGAUGGACUGCAAUAUAUUUUCGCACACGUUGGUCAAUUAACCGGAAUGUAUCGAUACAAGUAUAAAUUAAUGCGACAAAUCAGAAUGUGCAAGGAUUUGAAACAUUUAAUUUACUAUCGCUUUAACACGGGUCCUGUUGGGAAAGGUCCUGGUUGUGGAUUCUGGGCACCUGGCUGGAGAGUAUGGCUUUUCUUCAUGAGGGGAAUUACUCCGUUAUUGGAAAGAUGGUUGGGAAAUUUGUUAUCCAGGCAGUUCGAAGGUCGUCAUUCCAAAGGAGUUGCAAAAACUGUAACGAAACAACGAGUAGAGUCGCAUUUCGAUCUUGAGUUAAGAGCAUCCGUAAUGCACGAUAUCGUGGACAUGAUGCCAGAGGGAAUCAAGCAAAAUAAAGCCCGCACGAUACUUCAACAUCUUAGCGAGGCAUGGAGAUGUUGGAAGGCUAACAUUCCUUGGAAGGUACCUGGAUUACCAAUACCGAUUGAAAACAUGAUCCUUCGUUACGUUAAAAUGAAGGCAGAUUGGUGGACCAAUACUGCGCAUUAUAAUCGGGAACGUAUCAGGCGCGGUGCAACCGUGGAUAAAACUGUUUGCAAAAAAAAUCUCGGACGUCUUACGCGGCUCUAUUUGAAAGCCGAACAAGAACGGCAGCAUAACUAUUUGAAGGAUGGUCCGUAUAUUUCUCCGGAAGAAGCGGUAGCUAUAUAUACUACAACUGUACAUUGGUUGGAAUCGAGAAGAUUCGCCCCUAUACCUUUCCCACCGUUAUCUUACAAACACGAUACCAAGCUUUUGAUAUUAGCUUUGGAACGAUUAAAGGAAGCGUACAGUGUGAAAUCGAGGCUGAAUCAAAGCCAACGCGAAGAACUCGGCUUGAUAGAGCAAGCCUAUGAUAAUCCACACGAAGCAUUGUCUCGAAUCAAACGUCAUCUUUUAACUCAACGAGCGUUCAAAGAGGUGGGAAUAGAAUUUAUGGAUCUUUACAGUCAUCUGAUUCCUGUUUACGACGUCGAGCCGCUUGAAAAAAUUACGGAUGCUUAUUUGGAUCAAUAUUUAUGGUACGAAGCAGAUAAACGAAGAUUAUUUCCACCUUGGGUUAAACCUUCGGAUACAGAACCGCCACCUUUAUUGGUGUACAAAUGGUGUCAGGGUAUCAAUAAUCUACAAGAUGUUUGGGAUGUCAGCGAAGGCGAGUGUAACGUGUUGUUGGAAUCAAAAUUCGAAAAACUCUAUGAAAAAAUUGAUUUGACAUUAUUGAACAGACUUCUUCGAUUGAUCGUUGAUCAUAAUAUAGCCGAUUACAUGACUGCAAAGAAUAACGUUGUUAUAAAUUACAAGGAUAUGAAUCAUACAAACAGUUACGGAAUAAUCAGAGGAUUGCAAUUUGCAUCGUUCAUAGCGCAAUAUUACGGUUUGGUGUUAGAUUUACUGGUUCUUGGGUUGCAACGAGCCAGCGAGAUGGCUGGUCCCCCUCAAAUGCCAAACGAUUUUUUAACUUUCCAAGACGUAGCUUCGGAAACGGCACAUCCUAUUAGAUUAUACUGCAGAUACGUUGACAGAAUACAUUUGUUUUUGAGAUUUUCUGCCGACGAAGCGAGAGACUUAAUUCAGAGAUAUUUGACAGAGCAUCCAGAUCCUAACAACGAAAAUAUCGUGGGUUAUAACAAUAAAAAAUGUUGGCCUCGUGACGCGCGAAUGCGUCUUAUGAAACAUGACGUUAAUUUAGGUCGUGCUGUAUUUUGGGACAUUAAAAAUCGAUUGCCCCGGUCCACGACUACGAUACAGUGGGAAAAUAGCUUCGUUAGCGUGUACAGUAAGGACAAUCCUAAUUUGUUGUUUAACAUGAGUGGAUUCGAGUGCAGAAUUUUGCCGAAAUGCAGAACUACGCACGAGGAAUUUACCCACAGGGACGGCGUGUGGAAUUUGCAAAACGAAAUUACAAAAGAAAGAACGGCUCAAUGUUUCUUGAGAGUGGACGAUGAAAGUCUGCAACGAUUUCACAACAGAGUUAGGCAAAUCCUUAUGGCUUCUGGAUCGACAACCUUCACAAAGAUCGUUAACAAAUGGAACACAGCUUUGAUCGGACUGAUGACUUACUUCCGCGAAGCGGUGGUGAACACGCAGGAGCUUCUAGAUCUGUUGGUCAAAUGCGAGAAUAAAAUCCAAACGCGUAUUAAAAUUGGUCUCAAUUCAAAGAUGCCUUCGCGAUUUCCACCAGUAGUGUUUUACACGCCGAAGGAACUCGGUGGACUUGGAAUGCUUUCCAUGGGGCAUGUGCUUAUACCUCAGUCGGAUCUAAGAUGGUCGAAACAGACGGACGUUGGUAUUACGCAUUUCCGUUCGGGCAUGAGUCACGACGAAGAUCAAUUAAUCCCAAACUUGUAUCGAUAUAUUCAACCGUGGGAAUCCGAGUUCAUAGAUUCGCAGCGAGUGUGGGCGGAAUACGCGUUGAAGCGACAAGAGGCCAAUGCACAGAAUCGUAGGCUCACUUUGGAAGAUCUCGAAGAUAGUUGGGAUCGUGGUAUUCCUAGAAUAAAUACACUCUUCCAAAAGGAUAGACACACUCUUGCCUAUGACAAAGGUUGGAGAAUACGUACGGAAUUUAAACAAUAUCAGGUCUUAAAGCAAAAUCCAUUCUGGUGGACCCAUCAACGUCACGAUGGCAAAUUAUGGAAUUUAAAUAAUUAUCGAACAGAUAUGAUACAGGCUCUUGGCGGUGUGGAGGGUAUUUUGGAACAUACGCUGUUCAAGGGGACGUACUUCCCAACGUGGGAGGGUCUUUUCUGGGAGAAAGCAUCUGGAUUCGAAGAAUCUAUGAAAUACAAAAAAUUGACCAACGCUCAAAGAUCCGGUUUGAAUCAAAUUCCAAAUCGUCGUUUCACUUUAUGGUGGUCACCGACCAUCAACAGAGCGAACGUGUACGUUGGUUUUCAGGUACAAUUGGAUUUAACAGGGAUAUUUAUGCAUGGUAAAAUUCCAACGUUAAAGAUUUCGUUGAUUCAAAUAUUUCGCGCACACUUGUGGCAAAAGGUGCACGAGUCGAUAGUAAUGGAUCUUUGCCAAGUGUUUGAUCAAGAAUUGGAUGCGUUGGAAAUCGAAACUGUUCAAAAGGAGACCAUUCAUCCGAGAAAAUCGUACAAGAUGAAUUCCUCUUGCGCCGAUAUUUUGCUCUUCUCUGCAUAUAAAUGGAACGUUUCCAGGCCAUCGCUACUCGCUGAUUCAAAAGACCUCAUGGAUAAUACUACGACGCAAAAAUAUUGGAUCGACGUGCAGCUGAGAUGGGGAGAUUACGAUUCCCAUGAUAUCGAACGAUACGCUAGAGCCAAAUUCUUGGAUUAUACGACGGACAAUAUGUCCAUUUACCCAUCACCAACGGGAUUAUUAAUCGCUAUUGAUCUGGCAUAUAACUUACAUAGCGCCUACGGUAACUGGUUCCCAGGAUGUAAACCUCUCAUACAGCAAGCAAUGGCAAAAAUUAUGAAGGCUAACCCUGCUUUAUACGUAUUGCGAGAACGUAUUCGAAAGGCGUUGCAACUUUAUUCGUCAGAGCCUACGGAACCCUAUCUAUCUUCGCAGAAUUACGGGGAGCUUUUUUCGAAUCAAAUUAUUUGGUUUGUCGACGAUACUAAUGUUUAUCGUGUCACGAUACAUAAAACGUUCGAGGGGAAUUUAACGACAAAGCCUAUAAACGGGGCAAUCUUUAUUUUCAAUCCCAGGACCGGCCAGUUGUUUUUAAAAAUUAUUCAUACUUCUGUUUGGGCUGGUCAAAAGCGUUUAGGUCAGUUGGCAAAAUGGAAAACCGCCGAGGAAGUAGCCGCGCUUAUUCGAUCUUUACCGGUCGAGGAACAACCUAAGCAAAUUAUAGUAACCAGAAAGGGGAUGUUGGAUCCGUUGGAGGUGCAUUUGCUCGAUUUCCCGAACAUUGUGAUCAAGGGAUCGGAGCUUCAGUUACCAUUCCAAGCUUGUUUGAAAGUCGAAAAGUUUGGCGAUUUAAUAUUGAAGGCAACAGAGCCUCAAAUGGUAUUAUUCAACUUGUACGAUGAUUGGUUGAAAACUAUUUCGUCGUAUACGGCUUUCUCACGUUUGAUUCUUAUCCUUCGCGCGUUACACGUUAACACCGAGAGGACAAAAGUUGUUCUAAAACCUGAUAAAACAACCAUAACGGAACCGCAUCACAUAUGGCCUUCUUUGACAGACGACGAAUGGAUCAAAGUCGAAGUACAAUUGAAAGAUCUUAUUUUGGCCGACUAUGGUAAAAAGAACAAUGUGAACGUCGCAUCGUUGACUCAGUCAGAAAUUCGAGAUAUCAUUUUGGGUAUGGAAAUUAGCGCACCAUCCGCGCAACGUCAACAAAUUGCUGAAAUAGAAAAGCAGACGAAAGAACAGUCACAGCUCACAGCAACAACUACGCGAACAGUGAACAAGCACGGAGAUGAAAUUAUCACGGCAACAACUUCCAAUUACGAAACGCAAACGUUCAGUUCGAAAACUGAAUGGCGAGUAAGAGCAAUCUCGGCUACGAAUUUACAUCUUCGAACCAAUCAUAUAUACGUGUCGUCCGAUGACAUCAAGGAGACCGGUUAUACUUAUAUCUUGCCAAAGAACGUUCUUAAGAAGUUCGUUACCAUCUCCGACUUGAGAGCGCAGAUCGCGGGAUACUUGUAUGGAAUCAGUCCACCGGAUAACCCGCAAGUCAAAGAAAUACGAUGUAUAGUUAUGGCGCCGCAGUGGGGUACCCAUCAAACAGUUCACUUACCCAAUACACUUCCGAAUCAUCAGUAUCUCAAAGAGAUGGAGCCUCUCGGUUGGAUUCAUACUCAACCUAACGAAUUGCCACAAUUGUCUCCGCAGGAUAUAUCCACGCAUGCUCGAAUAAUGGCAGAGAAUCCAAUUUGGGAUGGAGAGAAAACUAUCGUUAUUACCUGUAGUUUCACGCCAGGGUCCUGUUCUCUCACGGCGUACAAAUUAACACCCAGUGGUUUCGAAUGGGGAAAACAAAAUACCGACAAGGGGAAUAAUCCUAAAGGUUACUUACCCAGCCAUUACGAGAAGGUGCAAAUGUUGUUGUCGGAUCGUUUCCUCGGAUUUUUCAUGGUUCCGAGUCAAGGAUCUUGGAAUUAUAACUUUAUGGGCGUGAGGCACGAUCCGAACAUGAAAUACGAACUGCAAUUGGCGAAUCCAAAGGAAUUCUAUCACGAGAUUCACAGACCUGCCCACUUUUUGAAUUUCUCCAGCUUGGAGGAUGGAGAAGGUGUCGGAGCCGACAGGGAAGAUGUAUUUGCGUAAAGGGUCAAGGAAAGGGUCAAGAUGUAACGAAUUACUACCCACCGCCCGUUUCUUUUUUUUUCUUUUUUUUUUUUUUUUUUUCUUUUAUUAUUC